CAGAAGCAGACAUACCUUUUAUAAAGCAAGAAACGUUUUACUGUUGCGCCAUGGAUAAUCCAGAAUUGUAUCACAAAACGAAUCAGAUGCAACGUCAUAAUGCCGGUGAAAUAGUCAGGGAAUAUUUACAGAAUUUUAAUUGGCGUACAGAGGGGCCAUACACUUUGAUCGAUCUCGGUUCAUCCAUUGGAGAUGUCCUCUUAGAAGUCGUCUAUCCCAUAUUGGAUAGAAAAUUUAAUCGUAUCGUCUGCUCGGAUAUUAACCCUGGAAUGAUAGAAUACGGAAAGCAACUCUUUGGUGAAAAAAUAAAAAACAGUGAAUUUCGUGUUUUCGAUAUUGCUACAACAGGCGAUAUACCUUCAGAUUUGAAAGAUCAAUUUGACAUUGUGGUUUCAUUUUUCUGUUUACAACUAAUACCAGAUCAAAGGAAUGCUCUCCAAAACAUUUAUUCCCUUUUACGACCAGAAGGUGGCAACUGCCUUUUGACAAUCUUUGCACGUGCCCCUUAUUUUGAGGCCUAUUUGCAUCUCAGCAAAACAUCGAAAUGGUCCCCGUAUAUGGGUGAGGUUGACAAAUACACAUGUUGUUGGCAUUACUGCAAGGAUCCGGAAAACGAACUCAACGGCAUUUUGGAGGACAUUGGAUUUCGAGAUAUAGAUGUAAAAUUACGUCCAACAGUCUACACAUAUGAAAGCUUUGAAGCAUUUAAAAGCAAUAUGAAAGCUGUAUCCCAUUAUUGUCAUCGCAUGCCUACUUCUCUUCAGGAUGAGUUUAUUAGUGACUUUGCGGAAGCCAUGAUGAGAGCUAAUCCGAACUUUGACCACUAUGAUAGUGAUGGUAAAGCAUUUCGUUUACCAUUCACACAGUUGGUGAUUUUUGCAAGAAAAUGAUGAAGACGAGAAGAAAGAGUUUGUCUUUACAUAAUCAACAGAUCAUGCUUAUCCUAAUAAAUUAAUCAUACUAACCUAUUUUCUCUGUAAAAAAGUUAUUUCAAAUACUCAC